CACGCUGGCGCCUGGGCAUCUCCCCAGCAACAGGUGACGUAAGCGAAGCUCUUUUUUCCGAUUGGUGGGAUGGUUCCCUCUCGGCCAAUCUGGGCCUCGGCGCCAGAUUCCUUGGCAGUGGCUUCGGAAGAGCGAAGGGAGAGGACGAAGUGAGCGCAGCAGCUGCAGCUGAUUCUGGAGCGAAGGCAGGGGCCAUGGCUCCGUCUCCUUCAGUCCUCCUUCUGGCGCUGGCUUCUUUUCUGCUGCUGCUGCUCCUGGGGAGCUCCCUGGCCUCACACUCCCUGCGCUAUUUCUACACAGGAGUGACAGGAUCCAGCCAGGGCCUGCCCCAGUUCAGCAUCGUGGGCUACGUGGAUGGUCAACCCAUAUUUCACUAUGACAGCGACACUAAGCAGGCCUUGAGAAAAGCGUCAUGGAUGGAGAAGGCGGGGGAAGAGGAUCCUGAGUACUGGGACAGGCAGACCCAGCUAUCACAGAACACGGAGCAGGUGUUCAAAGAGAACCUGGUGGACCUUGCAAAGUACUACAACCAAAGCGGAGGGUUUCACACCUGGCAGUGGAUGUACGGCUGUGAGCUGAGGAAAGAUGGGAGCAAAGGAGGGUAUCAGCAGUAUGCCUAUGAUGGGAAGGACUACAUCAGCUUUGACAAGGAUACGCUCACCUGGACGGCAGCCGAUCUUCCAGCCCAGAACACCAAGAGGAAGUGGGAUCCUGACUCAGCAUUCAACCAGGCCAAGAAGGCCUACCUGGAGGAGACCUGCAUUGAGUGGCUGCAGAGAUACCUGGAGUACGGGAAGGAGGAGCUGCGGAGGACAGAUCCACCAGAAGUAAAGGUGGCACGCAAGGCAGGCUAUGACAAUAUGGAAACCUUGAUCUGUCGGGUUGAUGGCUUCUAUCCCAAGGAUAUUGAUAUUUCCUGGAGAAAGGAUGGGAAGGACUGGAUAGAAGACACUUUCAGUGGACUCGUGUCCCCUAACUCGGAUGGGACAUACUACAAAUGGCUGAGCGUUGAGAUUGAUCCAAAGGACCGAGAACGCUACAAAUGCCAUGUGGAGCACGAUGGACUUCCAGAUCCUGUGGACUUGGCCUGGGAGGAGCCUGCUUCCAAUUUGGGGCUCAUUGUUGCGUGUGUCAUGGGUGCUGUCCUUCUGGUUGCUGGGAUUGCUGGGAUUGUUUGGAUUGCAGUGUAUAUCAAAAAACGACAAGAUGGUUACAAAGCACCCUCAGAUAGUGACCAAGGAUCCAACAGCUCUGGAAGAGCGAGCACUGCACCCAUCUAACAAUUCGAAAGCAGCAUAACUGGCAAAUUUACCAUGUAAAGAAGGAAGGAAGAAUUCACUACAAGAGUGUUCAUAAAUACUGAAUUCUGCUGUUUCCUUUGAGGAUUUCUUCAGUCUGUUUCACUGGCUGUCACCAAUACAGAUUUGUAGAAAUAUUUUGAUUGUAGGGAGCUGGGCUUUUUUAAUGUCUCUGAGAUGCUGCCUAAAGCUGCUUUUUGUAAUUCCUUCUUGCAAAAUAGUAUUAAGUUAAUGAAAACCAAUCCUCCUCCCUGUUUUUGCUCAGUGUAAAGCCUUUUAAUGGUCAUAUCUGUCUAAAUCAAGUAAACAUGAUAACCAUCAAACUUUUGAGAGUGAUGUUUCCAUUUCUGGACUGAAGGUCUUCCCCCCUCACCCCCAAUAUUGGAGAGAAAUGGGACAGAAAAUUCCCUGAUUACUUCCUUAUCUGGCUAUCCUUGCUUUUUUUGGGGAGAAAUUGAAUGACCUUGUUUUCAUUUCUAUCUGUUAAUUGUUUCAACUUCUGCAAGAUCUAAUAUGCUUUUAGCUUUUUUGGGCGGGGGAUGGUGGUGCAACUUCCUAUAUAGAGAUGUGUUUCUUUUAACUAUGUCAAUUAAACAAUCGAAGAUAACUUUUUAUAUUUUGCUUUACAAUCCUGAAGGUAUGAUCUGAAUUUUUUUAAAGUCUGCAGUAAAUAAUAAAGAGAUCUGUUUCCUUUC